ACGGCAGCAAGCCAACAAAUGCACUCGCAGCCCCGUGUCACAGAGGGCAGUAUCGGUAUUACGGGAGAUUUUCGUCCUCAUAUCUGGAUAAAACAACGGGGUGGAACAAAAACCGCAAAAAAAAAGUGACGUACAAGUACAACGCCCAACACAAGAGCCCUAGAACACAAGCAACGAACAGCAACCAGAAAGAAAAAAAUCAAUCUCGCGCUUUUUCCAAUUCCGUUAUUUUAUGAUUGUCUCCCUCACCUGGACAAAAUAUUCUUUGGGAUUGAAUCUCAGUUUUAUCUGUUGCUUUGUUGGUUUUGCUUUUUUUUUUUUUUUUGUGUUUCAGGAAUGGGAAAAAAUUAACGAGCUGGAAGCGAAGGGGCGAAGAGUAUAGUGAGAGUGUAGAUUGCGAAAUCCAUUCGUUCGUUUUUGUUUUGGGGGUAGCUUCUCUUUCUCUCUUUCAUUUCGACGUUGCUGCUUCUCUAAUUCUCCCUCUUCUCUUCUGCAAUUAGGGUUUCGCGCAUUAAGCAGGACAAACUUUCAUUUUGCCACUCCAGGUUAGGGAAAGCUUAGUUGAUUUGGUUAUAAUGUCAUCAAAAUAUCCAAUUCUUGCCAAUCGACCGAUUGACAAGUGGAAGGUUACGGAGCUGAAAGAGGAGUUGAAGAGAAGGAAACUUACGACCAAAGGUUUGAAGGAUGAUUUGAUCAAACGUUUGGAUGAAGCCCUCCGCGUUGAAAGGGAGGCUGCCGAGGCUUCAGAGAAGGAUGAGGCAAAUGGUUUCAACAGUGAUCUUUCUGUGCUAAAAGAUUCGCAGACGGAGCCUGUAGUUGCUGAAGUUGUCGAUACGAUUAUAAAUGAUGAAACAGUUGAAAUGGCUGAAAAGGGUACUUCCAGUUUAACUAAACCAGUUGAAACCGUUGGUGCUGAAAAUAUUUCAGAGGUUGUGGAUAAUGAUGCCAACAAGAGUGACAAGCUGGACAAUGUUGCUGUCCCAUUUGACAUUAAUAGUACUGCACCUGCUGUGAAUGAAGAAGUUGAACACAUGGAUUCAUCUGUCGAUAUAAAUUCUACAAAUGUGGAGUCCUCAGAAAUUGUUCAUGCACCUACCAUGGAGAUACCCACCACUAUGGUCACUGACAGUGUUUCAAUGGAAGUAGUAGUCAGCAGUCACGAUUCAUAUAGUGCAGAACAACAGAAGGACUAUGGUGACUCGGUAACCAACCAGGAGAAUAAUGAGUCAAAAGAACAUCUGGAUAAUAAGGACUCAAACUCGCAGCUGGAUAAUCAAGACUCGAAGCCCCAGCUGGAGUGUGACCUAAAGCUUCCCGGCGAGGAUCUCAUGGCCAACUAUUCAGUUCCAGAAAAUCAGGUAUCUGAGGUCAGCUCUAGUUUAGGGUCUCAAGUAAAAUCUGAUUCUAUUUCUACUAAUUCCGUGUCAAUUAAUCAAAAGAAUGAACUAAAGGAUAAUAUAAUUGCUGAAAAUGUUAAAUUAGAACAAGAGAUUGUUAGGCCAUAUAUGGUGGAAGAACCAUCAUCCAGAUAUGAUGUUGCUGUUUAUGACGAAAUACAACCAAUGGAUGUUGGAGAGCUACAUGAGAAAAAGGCAUCUGAUGAGGAUAAUAACAAAAGUCCAGAGUUGAACAAGAUCAAUAGCCAUAAUGAAGAUGUUGGGUAUCCAGAGAAAUUAAACUUCGAUAGAAGCUCUGGUGAUGACUCCAUGGAGGAGGAUUUGCCAGAGAUUAAACAAGUUGAUUCUAAGUUUGAUGAUGAUGAACUAAAAGACAAGGGAGAGCAUUUUGAAGUUCCUAAUGUGAAGGAGGAAGGUAGUACUUUAGUUGAGGGAGAUGGUCCAUCUUUAGAAAAAGGUGAUGAUACCAGCCAAGACAAUCAUACACCUCCAGUUUCUCUUGUUGAGAAACGAAAAUUUCAUGAACAAUCAUCAGAUGAGAUUAAUGAGCGUGCCAAGCGGCAACGAAGUUGGAACUCUGAAACACAAACAGUUAAAAGCUCAGAUCCACAAAGUCCUGCUCUCAGGCCUGUUGCUGCACCAAAGGAUGAGCCAGCUACUUUGAAGCACAUCCUCUCCAGAUCUGAUUCCUCAGGGAAGGAUGAUUCACUCAAGGAGCGUAUUGUUCCACCAUCACAAAGGGCACCAACUAAUUCCCUCAGGAUUGAUCAAUUCCUACGCCCUUUUACUCUAAAAGCGGUGCAAGAACUUCUUGGUAAAACUGGGAAUGUUGUCAGUUUCUGGAUGGACCAAAUAAAGACCCAUUGCUAUGUCACUUACUCAUCUGUUGAAGAAGCCACUGAGACACGCAAUGCUGUGUAUAAUCUGCAAUGGCCUCCAAAUGGUGGACGCCUUUUGGUUGCGGAGUAUGUCGAUCCGCAAGAAGUGAAAAUGAAGUUAGAACCUCCUCCUGUUCCGGUUGCCUCUGUCAAUGAUGGUUCAGCAGUUCCUCCCAUAACACCGACACCCAUUUCCUUACAGCCAGAGCCUGCCGUUCGUCGCUGCAGAGAGCAGCCACCUGCUCCAUCUACCCUCCCUCCUCCACCAACACCACAGUCAAAAACCCCUCCAGCAGCAAGAGAACAGCUACCACCCCUUCCAGAGAAUGUUGACCAACCUAUGGUCACACUGGAUGAUCUGUUUCGCAAAACCAGAGCAACUCCUCGAAUUUACUAUCUACCUUUAUCUGAAGAGAAAGUUGCAGCAAAACUUGCGGCACGGGGCAGAAGCAUCAAGAAGUAGGGAUUUAGUGCAAUGAUUCUUCCCUGUCAGCUUUUAUGAUUUUUUUUUUAUUUCUUACCAUUUUUUUAGUUAACACGUGUUUCGUAAAUUCUCAUAUUGGAACUGUAGGUAGGAUGUUGUUGUUGUUGUUGUUGUUGUUAUAUCAAUGGUAAGUAUAUGGUAAUUUAUAUUUGAAUGGGUCGAAACUCGAAACCUAAAUUUGUCCAAAUGUCACACUAAUGAACUUUGUAAGGUAUCCUUGGCCAAAUCGAAUGAACUUCCAUAAGAAUUUGCUUUGCUUUUU